CGCAUGCGCACUGGAUCGACCCAAACGAGCACGGCAGAAGCAGAAGGCAGAAGGGAACGGAACUAGAAGGGAGUAGAAAGCUAAGAAAGAAAAGGACUGAAAAGGAAAGAAAAGGACUGAAAAGGAAAGAAGGCAAAAGAAAGAGAAAAACAAGGAGGACGUGUGUUCCUUGUCUAUCUUAACACACUUCUUGUCUUCAGUGCUGCAAAAGAACGCGAGAAAACGUGCACGCGCGCAGAAGCACCACACCACUCCCAAAGAUCCAGACAGGUGGGUUGUGACCCGUUCAUGAGCUACAUUAGAACCUGACACAACACACCCACACGCCUUAAACAUGGUGGAGCCCAUAUGUGCCACGGGUGCGGCGGCGCAAUUGCGGAAUCUGAGGGACCGAGAAGAAGGUCUGGGCCAAAACGACAACGCCGUCAAGUUCCUGGGUCAAGACUAUGAAAGUUUGCGAGCGGAAUGUAUCCGGAGCAGGAGACUGUUUGAGGACAGCCUGUUCCCCUGCGCAGCCUCCUCUCUGGGCUUCAACGAGCUGGGACCGAGGUCGUCCAAGACCUCCGGCGUACGCUGGAUGAGGCCCCCGGAGUUGUGCAAGCGUCCCGCUUUCAUUGUGGACGGAGCGACCCGAACUGACAUCUGCCAGGGAGCUCUGGGGGAUUGCUGGCUGCUGGCCGCCAUCGCCUCGCUGACCUUAAAUGACACCCUACUCCAUCGAGUGGUCCCGCACGGACAGAGUUUUGAGCAGGGAUAUGCCGGGAUUUUCCACUUCCAGUUCUGGCAGUUUGGCGAGUGGGUGGAGGUAGUGAUCGACGACCGUCUGCCUGUCAAAGAUGGCAAACUACUCUUCGUCCACUCCGCGGAGGGCGGAGAGUUCUGGAGUGCUCUGAUCGAGAAGGCCUACGCCAAAUUGAACGGCUGCUACGAGGCGCUGUCCGGCGGCAGCACAUCCGAAGGCUUUGAGGACUUCACGGGUGGCGUAACGGAAAUGUUCGAGCUGAAUAAGGCGCCCUCCGACCUCUUCAGCAUCAUGGGCCGCGCCAUCGAGAGGGGCUCGCUCCUCGGCUGCUCCAUUGACAUCACCAGUACCAGAGACAUGGAGGCAGUCACCUUCAAGAAGCUGGUCAAGGGGCAUGCCUACUCCGUCACGGGCCUGGACGAGGUGGUCUAUCGUGGAAACAUGACCAAGUUGGUCCGCAUCAGAAACCCGUGGGGAGAAGUGGAAUGGACCGGCGCUUGGAGCGACAAUUCUCGAGAAUGGGACAGCAUAGACCGCGGAGUCCGUUCUCGGCUUCAAAACCGCAGCGAGGAUGGCGAGUUCUGGAUGUCCUUCAGCGACUUCCUGCGCGAGUUCACCCGUUUGGAAAUCUGCAACCUGACAGCUGACGCCCUCCAGCACAACCAGAUGAAAACCUGGAGCACAUCGCUGUACCCGGGAGAGUGGAGACGGGGCAGCACGGCCGGAGGCUGCCGGAACUUCCCAGCGACCUUUUGGCUGAACCCGCAAUUCAAGUUGCUGCUGCAGAAUCCCGACGCGCCCGGCAUGUCGGACUGCAGCUUCCUGGUGGCGCUCAUGCAGAAGGACCGCAGGAAGAAACGACGGGAGGGCAAAGACAUGGAGACCAUCGGCUUCGCCGUCUACGAGGUUCCCAGCGAGGCCAAAGGGCAGACGCGGGUCCACUUGAAGCAGAACUUCUUCCUGACGCACGCCUCCAGCGCCCGCUCCGAACUCUUCAUCAACCUGAGGGAAGUCAGCUCGCGUCUCCGUCUCCCGGCCGGCGAAUACGUCAUCGUCCCGUCCACCUUCGAGCCCCACAAGGAGGCCGACUUCGUCCUGCGGGUUUUCUCCGAGAAACCUGCCGAUUCAGAGGAGCUGGACGACGACGUGGUGGCAGACCUUCCCACCGAGAACUAUUUGGACGAGAGUCAAAUUGAGGCCGGCUUCAAGAGUCUCUUCCGACAGUUGGCCGGCCCGGACAUGGAGAUCAGCAUCAACGAGCUACAAACCAUCCUAAACCGCAUCAUCAGCAAGCACAAAGACCUGAAGACGGACGGAUUCACCAAGGAGGCGUGUCGCAGCAUGAUCAACCUCAUGGAUACGGACGGCAGUGGGAAGCUGGGCCUGGUUGAGUUCCAUGUACUUUGGGAGAAGAUUAAACGCUACCUGACCAUAUUCCGGAACUAUGACCUGGACAAGUCGGGAACCAUGAGCUCCUACGAGAUGAGGAUGGCGCUGGAGUCCGCAGGCUUCAAGCUGACCAAUCACCUGUUCCAGCUCAUCAUCCUGCGAUACACGGAGGAAGACAUGGCCGUGGACUUUGACAAUUUCGUCACAUGUCUGGUCCGCCUGGAGUCCAUGUUUAAAACCUUUAAGGUCAUGGACACGGACGCAGAUGGCUUCAUCUCGCUCAACUUCUCCCAGUGGCUCUCCCUCACCAUGUUCGCCUAGAUGUCAGCGGGCGGCGUAUCCGGUGCCUUCGAACGCCGUGACAUCAUCACCGACGGUGCGUCACACAGGCGUGUUGCGACAACGUAGGGGUGCCCGACGCCUUUUCGUCACAGGGCUUUUUUGGGCUGUUGCGACUGUGAAAAACAUUUAAAUGUAUAAUCACAUUGCUGCAUUGAAACACAAUCGCCCGGGAAAUUGUUAGAAAAAUUCACUUCUCACUCAAAGUUAGAUAAAGACGGCAAAAUACAGAUUGAACACUAAGAUUUUUUGGGGUACAGGUCAAUUUACCGUUUUUUCCCAUGCAUAAUGCGCCCCCAUGUAUAAUACGCACCCUAAAAAUGGCAUGUCGAUGCUGGAAAAAAGCCUGUACCCAUGUAUAAUACGCACCCAAAUUUUGACUCCUACUUAAAUCCGUAAACGUAAAAUUAUUUCAGAAAAAAGAGCAUCUUUGGGAACAACCGGAUGUUAUUCUGCCGGUCAGUAUCACUGCGCAUGCGCUAGCAAACUCAAUAGCGAAGAAAUGUUUCGGAUUUGUGUAGGGUACAUUGUGACAGCAAACGAGCAGGUGAUCCAGCAAGCGUCUGAUACGAGACCAUUGUGUUCGUAUGGAGCGUGUUUGAAGUGAACAGCAGAGAAGAAAGCGCAUCUGUAAUGGCGGCCUCCGUAUCAUAUCCGGAUUAAAAAAAAUAAAAACAAAUUGUACCCAUGUAUAAUGCGCACCCCAGAUUUUAGGACAAUAAAUUAGUUAAAUUUUGCGCAUUAUACAUGGAAAAAAACGGUAAGUAAAAUUUAUAGUGUAUUGUAGGUUCAAUCAUAUAAAUAAUUACAAGCCGAGGAUCUGUUUUUUUUUAAAAUAACUUAAUAUUGCUAACACCAAGUUGAAUUUGGAAUCAUCCAUUUUCUGAACCACAUUUACUCACGAGGGUUACGGGCGUGCUGGAGCACAUUCAAUCAUAGAAUUGUAGCAUGCAAUUAUUGAAGCAUGCGAAUAUCGUUGAGUUUACGUUAAGAAGGGAUUCGGUGAAAAUGCUUGCCAUAUCUGUUAAAAGUGAACAACAAGUUGGUCCUGAUUUGAAGCCAAAAUGAAAAAAAGUCACAAUCAUCCGCUGUUUGCUUUGGUGGGCCACAUACAGCCGUAUCUGGCCCGCGGGUCUGAAGUUUGACAUCAAUUCCAUUCGUUUACUGUAGCCUCUUGUAACCUCACUGAAAUAUGGUGCGGACCAAUUUGGGAUGCCAGUAUUCAACUUUUCUUCCCACUUCCGCCACCGUGCUUCAAGCCAAACAUGGCUGCAAAGUGUCAACACAAUUUUGCUUCUUGUGCCAAACUGCUGGCUGUUUUUCCAAGCGCCUACGAGGCUGUGCAUGUCUGUGUUUUUUAUCGGUGGAACAAAAUAAAACUUUUGUAACUCUUAAAAAGAA